GUGCGGUUGAGAGCGCAUUGCCUUUUCCACGUCAGUGUGUUUACCAGGGCCAGAGUGACAGCUACUGCAGGGCUAUUCUGCUUUCUUUUUCUUAAGCGUGCGCCAUUUACUGAUGAUCGAAUAAAUUAGCGGUUGUGGUGAAUUGAACUACAAUACUGGUCUUCUCCACUCACUGUUGGCCGGCCGGCUAGCUGCUAGCCUGCGCAGCUAGGUUGUCAGUAUCUUCCACGGAGCUGCCUCCAUCUUCCAAGUAGAAGUCGCACACACACAUCAGAACUCAGCAUGGUGGGCAAAAGAAUCUACAUUGUCCAGGGUGAAAUUACUGCUGUUGCCGGGGCUAUCAAGAGGAACUCCAGAUGGAACACCCACACUCCCUUGGAUGAAGAACAGGAUCCGUUGUUGAACAGCUUUGGCCACCUGAAGGAACUACUCAGCCACAUGAAAGAACUGUCCGACGUUGAACCCAACGUAUUCCUACGACCGUUCCUGGAGGUGGUCCGCUCUGAAGAUACCACGGGACCAAUCACAGGCCUCGCCCUUACAUCUGUCAAUAAGUUCUUAUCCUACGGCUUAAUAGAUGCCAACCACGAAGGUGUCGCCGAGGCCAUCGAGAAUAUGGCCGAUGCGGUAACGCACGCCAGAUUUGUCGGAACGGACCCUGCCAGUGAUGAGGUGGUCCUUAUGAAAAUUCUACAGGUCUUAAGGACCCUGUUGCUGACACCAGUUGGAGCUCACCUGACCAAUGAAUCCGUUUGUGAGAUCAUGCAGUCCUGCUUCCGAAUCUGCUUUGAGAUGCGCUUGAGCGAGCUCCUGAGAAAAUCGGCCGAACACACCCUUGUGGAUAUGGUGCAGCUACUGUUUAGCAGACUUCCCCAAUUUAAGGAGGAGGCCAAAACCUACGCCGGUGCCAGCAUGAAGAAGUUGAAGAUGCGUACAGGUGGGAUGAGUGAGUCAUCCAAAUGGAAAAAGCAGAAACGUUCACCAAAGGCGACUGGCCACAUAGUGCCGAGCGCUUCUGGAGCCAUGGACUCCGCCCAGUCUACCAACCUCGGUAAUAGCAACUUGUCUGGCGCAGUCGUCUCAACGGAGCAAAGGUGUUCGCUGCCCGCCUCAGAGAGUGCCGGCUCAUCCAUCUCUAGUCCCACCGCCACAGACAGCGGCUUCGACUCGUGUUCCAAAACCACUUCUCGGGAAGACCUCUCUGACCUGGAUCAGUGUAGCUUGUUUGCAGCUACACCUGGCAACGCUAACCCACUUUUGGAGACCGAUCCUGGCUCUGCCAAUGCGCAGUCGGACGAUAGAGCGACUCAAUCGGCAUCGGUAGAGUCCAUCCCCGAAGUCCUGGAGGAAAAAGACUCGGUUGCCGAACAGCCAAGUAGCACCUCUGUCCACGACAUGGACUACGUCAAUCCUCGAGGUGUCCGAUUCACACAGUCCACACAAAGAGAUGGCGCAUCCCUCAUCCCCUAUGGUCUGCCGUGUCUAAGGGAGCUCUUCCGCUUUCUAAUCUCCUUGACCAACCCUCACGACCGCCACAACACGGACGCAAUGAUGCACAUGGGCCUGCAACUGCUGAAUGUAGCCCUGGAGUCGGCGCACUUUGUUAACUACCAGUCUUUGCUCGGACUCAUCAAAGAUGAGCUUUGCAGGCAUCUUUUCCAGCUGCUGAGCAUGGACCGUAUGAACCUCUAUGCUUUGUCGUUACGAGUGUGCUUCUUGCUAUUUGAAAGCAUGAGAGUGCAUCUUAAAUUUCAACUGGAGAUGUAUCUUAAGAAACUGAUGGACAUCAUCACGUCAGAGAAUAUGAAGAUGCCGUAUGAGAUGAAGGAAAUGGCUUUGGAGGCAUUGGUCCAGCUGUGGAGGAUCCCCAGCUUUGUUACUGAGCUCUACAUCAACUAUGACUGCGACUUCUACUGCUCUAAUCUAUUUGAAGACCUGACCAAGCUGUUGUCAAAGAAUGCAUUCCCUGUAUCAGGGCAGCUCUACACCACUCACCUUCUGUCACUCGAAGCUCUACUCACUGUGAUUGACAGCACCGAGGCCCACUGCCAAGCCAAAGUGCCCGACAACACCGCUCGGUCGGAAAAAGUGCCAGCGGAGGGAGAAAGUUUCCUGAAAACUGGAAUGGAUGCUACAGCUGAUCCUAUUCAAGAGGCCAGUACCAAUGGUUUUCCACUUGUGGAUGGUGGUCCAGGAGGCCCAGUGACCAGUGGAAAUCUGAUGGCAGAAAAGAUGAACCGGUGUAGACAGGAGCAAAGAGAGAGUGACGCAGAUGACAAGAAAAUCUUUCAAAAACCUCAGCGUUUCACUUCCAAUUUACCCGACUCCCAAGAGUUGCUGGAAAUCAGAACAAAGAAAAAGCUUCUGAUAACCGGAACGGAACAAUUUAAUCUGAAACCCAAGAAGGGAAUUCAGUUCCUUCAGGAGAAAGGCCUUCUCAAUCAGCCAAUGGAUAACAACCAAGUGGCCCAGUGGCUUCGAGAAAAUCCCAGAUUGGACAAAAAGAUGAUCGGGGAAUUUGUCAGCGAUCGCAAUAAUCUGGAGCUCCUCGACAGCUUUGUCAACACGUUCGCCUUCCAAGGGCUUCGUAUCGAUGAGGCCUUGAGGCUUUACCUGGAGGCUUUCAGGUUACCCGGCGAGGCUCCUGUCAUCCAAAGACUUCUGGAAACAUUUACAGACAACUGGCAUAAAGUAAACGGCUCUCCCUUCCUGACCAACGAUGCAGGAUUCGCCUUGGCCUACGCUGUGAUCAUGUUGAACACUGACCAGCAUAAUCACAAUGUCCGAAAACAGAAUAUCCCCAUGACUGUCGAGCAAUUCAAGAAGAAUCUGAAGGGAGUUAAUGGGAACACCGAUUUUAAUCAGGACAUGCUAGAGGAUAUCUACAAUGCCAUUAAGAAUGACGAGAUUGUGAUGCCAGACGAGCAGAUGGGUUUAGUGAAGGAGAACUACGUGUGGAGUGUGCUGCUUCACCGCGGCGCGACACCAGAGGGGAUCUUUCUUCACCUGCCGCCCGGCAGCUACGACCACGACUUGUUCACCAUGACCUGGGGCCCUACUAUCGCAGCGCUCUCCUACGUCUUUGACAAGAGUCUGGAUGACAACAUCAUCCAAAAGGCCAUUACCGGCUUUAGGAAAUGUGCCAAGAUUGCUGCUCACUAUGGAUUCAACAAUGUUUUUGACAAUUUGAUCAUCUCGCUGUGCAAGUUUACUACUCUGAGCAGUGAGUCGGUGGAAAAUCUCCCGACUGUAUUUGGGAGCAACCCAAAGGCGCAAACAGCCGCCAAGACGGUGUUUGAUCUGGCCCAUCAGCAUGGCAACAUCUUGAGAGAGGGUUGGAAGAACAUCAUGGACUCCAUGCUGCAGCUGUUCAGGGCCGAGCUCCUGCCCAAAGCCAUGGUUGAGGUGGAGGAUUUUCUCGAACCAAACGGAACGAUUUCUCUUCAACGAGAGGAAACUCCUUCUAUUCGUGGGGAGUCAGCAGUGCUGAGUUUUGUCAACUGGCUGACACUGAGCGGUGCUGAGCAGUCUGGACUUCGAGGGCCAUCGAUGGAAAAUCAAGAAGCCAAACAGGCCGCUAUCCUUUGCAUCAAGCAAUGUGACCCCGAGAAAAUGAUCACAGAGAGCAAGUUUCUCCAGCUGGAGUCUUUACAGGAAUUAAUGAAGGCGUUGAUAUCGGUCACCCCCGAUGAAGAGACCUACGACGAAGAGGACGCCGCCUUCUGCUUAGAGAUGUUACUGCGUAUUGUCAUGGAAAAUCGAGACCGUGUGUCGUAUGUGUGGCAGACAGUGCGCGAGCACCUGUGUCACCUGUGCGUCCACGCUAACGAGAGCUGCUUCUUGGUCGAGAGGGCUGUCGUAGGCCUGCUUCGACUUGCCAUCCGCUUGCUACGACGUGAAGAUAUUAGCUCUCAGGUGCUGCUUUCCCUGCGUCUUCUGCUUAUGAUGAAAGCGCACGUUUUGUCCCGGGUAAGCCGAGAGGUGGCUUAUGGCCUUCACGAGCUGCUCAAGACGAAUGCGGCCAACAUCCACAGUACCGAGCAUUGGUACACGCUCUUCUCGUUGCUCGAAUGCAUCGGUGCUGGAGUCAAACCUCCGGCCUCUUUUCGGUUUACUACCUCUGCCAGCACGGACAUUGAAACAGGUGCUCAGUCAGAUAGCGAGUUGCCGUCCCCGCAUCCGAGCGAAGUGACUCUAGAUCGUGGCUACACAUCUGACUCGGAGGUCUACACGGAACAACACAGCAAGGCCCGAAUCCCUCGCUCGGCAACAGACGUGGACGUCGCGAGCGGUGGAUGGCUGGUGGUGGGAAAGGAGGAUUUAGAAAGCAAUAAGAGCCCGGCGGCAGUCGGCUCCAAAGCGCAACUCAAUCACCCCUUGGUGAACCAGUACAGUCUGACACUGGGUCAGGACCUCGGCCAGCACGACACCAAGUCUCUCAUCAAGUGUGUGGAAACGCUGUCAUUCAUUGUCCGUGACGCCGCCCACGUCACACCGGACAACUUUGAGCUGUGCGUUCGAGCCAUCCGGGUCUUCGUGGAGGCGAGUCUCAACGGAGGUUACCGCAACCACGACAAGAAGAAGAGUCAUAGAUAUGAUUCUGCCAAGUCUCGUUUGAGGAAGAAGGCCGGCGGCGCAAAGGAGAAAGAGAGCGGCGGCGGCGGCACAAGACGAGGAGGCGCGAGCCGGGCUUCCGGCCAUCGUCCGUCGCGUUGCCAUAGCGAUGAGGAGGAGGAGGACGAGGGUGUCCCGGCAGGUUACCAUACGCUGUCAUUACAGGUUAGUCGGGAUCUUUUAGAUUUAAUGCACACGUUGCACACUCGGGCUGCCAGCAUCUACAGCUCUUGGGCAGAAGAACAGUGCAAUCUGGAGGCUGCUGGUAAGAAGAUUGAAGCUGACUCCCAGACACUGUGGACCAGCUGCUGGUGCCCACUGCUGCAAGGCAUUGCUUGGCUGUGCUGCGAUGCCAGACGUCAAGUGCGCAUGCAGGCCCUCAACUACCUCCAGAGGGCUUUGCUGGUACACGAUCUGCAGACGCUCGAUGCCACGGAGUGGGAGUCCUGCUUCAAUAAGGUGCUAUUUCCAUUACUAACCAAGCAGCUUAACAACAUCAGCCCGGCCGAUGUCGGUGGAAUGGAGGAGACCAGGAUGAGAGCCUGCACUAUCCUAUCAAAGGUUUUUCUGCAGCACCUCCUCCCGUUGUUGUCCCUGCCGACCUUUGCUGCCCUGUGGCUUACCAUUCUGGAUUUCAUGGACAAGUACAUGCAUGCAGGAUCCAGUGACUUAUUGUUGGAGGCUAUCCCAGAAUCUCUGAAGAACAUGCUGUUGGUGAUGGACACGGCAGAAAUCUUCCGCAGCCCAGAUUCCAAGACGAGAUAUUCGGAUUUGUGGGAAAUAACGUGGGAACGAAUCGACUGUUUCCUCCCUCACCUGAGAGAGGAGCUCUUUAAACAGACUGUUUUACCAGGUCCUUCAGAAGCUCCGUCUGAGGUGCAGCCACCGUCCUCAUCCUGCCGGCCUCCCUCACCGCAGGGCUCUGGGGUCCCUGCACUCCAACAACCGCCCUCCCCUGUCCCUGUGCCUGCAGAAUCCCCAACUCCCAGCCGGCCAGCAUCACCCCAAGAGACCCAAGUGGCCAAUUCCAACGGAGCAGAGCGAUCAUCUUCCCCAACGUUGCCCUCGAUGCCGGUGGCAGCGGCGCAACCCCCUCAUGGUCAAGUGUGUGCAGCCUUGAAGCAGUCCCCACUCAUCAUCCAACCGCUGGCUUCCCCGCUGCAGGUGGGAGUCCCGCCCAUGUCGCUACCAAUCAUCCUCAACCCCGCCCUCAUUGAGGCCACGUCCCCGGUACCACUGGGGCCGGCGGGAAGCACAUCUCACGAGGUUCAGUAGGAGCUCUGUGGGACCUCCCUCCUCCGCAAGUCAGAUCCCACACUUUUGGCUCUGCUACUACUACUGCGACCUAUCAUGGUGAUUCUGGCAGAUUCGGCUUUCUUUUGACUCCAAAUGUAGACCUGAGAACCACAAGCUCAUCACAUUUCCCUUUUAGUAGCUACAUUUGCUACUCUGGGAAUGUUGGUGGUAUGAGUUGCUCUUCAUGUUCCAGAUUAUACUCUAAAGCCAUUGUUUGUUUUCCGACAGCCAGCGCUUUAGUGCUUUAGUAGCGUUUGGACACUCCACAACAGUUUAAGGAAAUUUACAUUCACACAAAAGGCUGUGUGUGUGUGUGUGUGUGUGUGAGGGGGCAUUCCAUUCAUCUAUCUUUUGUGCCACUUGCGUCAUUAAAAAACAUGUCUACAUAUAUUUCUGUCUAUUUUGUGGGGUCCAUCUCUUCUGUUGGACACUCCUGUAAUAAUUCCAAGAAGUGACGGUGCGCUUGCGUAUGCUGGUGCCUAGCAACUUUAGCCUUCUGUAGUUUGUCACCUUGCUCCGAGUGUGCUUUCCAACAUGUGGCCCACAUUUCAACCUCCCAAAAGUUGUGAGCUUUGCUCAUGCCUCUUUGGCGUCUGUAAAUGUUGAGAUUGCAGGCAGAGUCAAGUUGUAUUUUCCAUCCUGCAUGUCAAGUGGGUUGAACUCCUUGGCAAGCUCAAGUUAAGGAUUUGUCUAUUGAGAGAGGCUAAGAGGCCGGUCAAUGCGUCCUUCCCUUGCCUGCCCAGACCCCAAAAAACGAUUUGAAAGCACCUCAUGAAGGCUUUGUGUGCUUGCGUGCAUGUGCAGUCCUUCAGAGGAUCAACAUUCCAAUGUGGAGAUGAAUUCUGCGGAGUGCAAUAUUGUUAUUUUGUUGUGCUUUGUAUAACUUUGGACAAUGUAGCACAGUCUAAAAUCACGAGGCCUGCAAAAGUUCAUAAUGACAACAAUGUAUCUGAAUGAUUUUUUUUAGAUUUCAAAAAUGACUUCAACUGAAUCCUGAGGAAAGAUCACAUCGUGCUUGGCCAUUUUCAUUGACUAGCUUGCUUCCAGAAAUUCUGUCAGUUCAUGAUAAUAUUAUUUCCCUUUCAACUUGAAUUGAUAUACCUAUACUUUCCGACUUGCUGAGCAAUGCAUACGUGACAUUUACUGGAUUUGAAAAGAGAAUGUCUUGCUUCUGUUUUUGCAUCAUUCUGACUCUAAACAGUACUACUUGAAUCCCAGUGAUGUCACCAAGUCAGGGCAGGGCAGGGCAGGGCAGGGCAGGGCACCCAGAGGUUCUCUUUGCGAUCUUUUAUGUUAUUUAUUGACUUGGAAACAAAAAUCACACCACCCAGACCAAGCAGGAAAAUGAGUCUCCUGCCACCAACAGCUUAAGAGAUUUUUUUUUUUUUUUUUUUUUAUAAACGUUGUAUGUUUAUUUUCUUGUGGAUCUGGAGCUGAUGUUUUGCUUAAAGAGGAAUCAAAUGAAUUGAAUUUGUACAUACUAUAUCAAUGAAAGGUGAUGUACUUAUGUAGUAAAGCUCAUGUAAAUAA